AUGCCGAAACGAAAGCGCAGCGGCCAAUCGAGCGUACAUGCCGAACUUGAAAAGUAUCAGGAUGAAGUGUUUAGAGCCUUGAAAGCCUCAAAGGGCUUUGAGAGGCAACGGCUUAGCAAGAGACUGCGAGACCCGGGCAUCACACAGGACAAGGUCCAUCGUCUAGAAAGAGAAAUUGCAGUUCUCAAGUCUCUCGAUCUACAUCAAACCGCUCGCGCGCACCUGCAUUUAUCGCUUCUCAAGGUCAAGUCUAUCGCCUCCUCAGCAGACCUUCCUCAAGAGCUCCUGCGAGGAGUAUCGAAGCCCGACUUGCCAGAAGAUGAAAAAGCAGCGCUCCAUAAUGUCACGAGUGGGCUUUAUAACCGUGAACCGGUGAAGCAGGUCGUGGGGAGAGCUGUCGAGGCUGUCUGCGGUGUGUUGAAUGUUCCUGUCCCCGAGAACGACAGGCGGACACGCAAAAACAAAAAGGAAGACGGGGAGGAGCAGCCUUCGGCUCGGGCAGAGAAGCUUCCCGACGAAACGAAAUUUGCGACGCCUAGUGAAAACCCGGCGGACGAGUGGGAUGAAGAGUCCGAAUUCGAGGGGUUUAGUACAGACGUGGACGAUCCUGGCUCAGUGCUUGAGGAACAGGAACUUGACAGUGAUGCUGAGGUGAAAGAGGUGACUGAGUUUGACAAGCUUGAUGGCUUGCUAGGAAGCUCAUCUGAUGAAGAGGAUGACUGGAGUAGCGACAAGUAUGCCCAAUUUCGAGGCAGAGAAACUGUCAACUUGGAUGAUAUUUCGGUGUCUGGCUCUGGGGAAGAGUCUGAAGCGGAGUCUGUAUCGCAGGCCUCGUCUCAAUCUCUGUCUCCUCCUCCCGAGAAGAAACAGAAGAAGGAUAAAAAGGCGUCCGCUAAGACGGGUCCCGUCAGGGAUUCCACAUUUCUUCCAUCGCUCAUGGGUGGUUAUAUUUCGGGAUCCGAGUCCGCUUCCGACAUUGAAGAAGCUAAACCAAAGAAUCGUCGUGGACAACGUGCACGCCAGGCUAUUUGGGAGCAGAAGUAUGGCUCUGGAGCCAAGCAUUUACAGAAGCCACAGAAGAAAAGUGGCCGAGACUCUGGUUGGGAUAUGCGCCGGGGUGCUGUUGAUGGUGAGGACCGGGGACGAGGGACACCUUGGAAGAAAGGGAUACAAAACCCUGUUGCAAGGAAUGGCAUGAGAGGUGAUGGUGCGCCAGCGCCCGUCGCAAAGAGAGAUGACGAAGGGAAAUUGCAUCCAAGCUGGGAGGCGAGAAAAAAGGCCAAGGAGUCUCAAAAGGCGGUAGCAUUCGCUGGUUCAAAAGUCGUAUUCGACUAG